AUGGCGAGCUCAGUUUUAGCUCAUCUGCCAAUUUCAGGCUGGAGAACCCUCGAACCUGCCACCUCAAUCGCACCCAAAUCGACUUCAAGUUUGAAGUUCCGAAAUUCUCGACCUGUGAAAUUCAAAUGUGAUUACUCCUGCUUUGAAGUCAGAGAUGUCAGCUACCAACCUCCAGGGACUGAGCUCAGCCUUUUAAAUGCCGUUAAUUUUUCGCUUCCGGAGAAGAGCUUUGGCUUAAUUUUUGGGCGGAGUGGAAGCGGAAAGACUACUCUUGUGCAGCUGCUUGCGGGGUUAAACAAACCAACUUCAGGUUCAAUUCGGAUUCAAAAAUAUGGAAACGAUGGCACACCAAUUCAGUCUCCUGAAUCCUUAUCUACAGGAAGAGUUGGCAUUGUAUUUCAGUUUCCGGAGAGGUAUUUCGUGGCAGAUAAUGUGCUUGAUGAAGUUACUUUUGGGUGGCCAAGGCAAAAGGGCGAUCUUCAAAUGAAGAAGAAUCUUGCUCGAAACCUCCAUAGAGCAAUUAAUUGGGUUGGUUUAAGUGGGAUCUCACUGGAUAGAGACCCUCACUCUCUUAGUGGUGGUUACAAGCGUCGUCUUGCCUUGGCAAUUCAACUAGUACAUAUCCCAGAUUUAUUGAUAUUGGAUGAACCCCUUGCUGGUCUUGAUUGGAAGGCACGUGCAGAUGUUGUGAAGCUGCUAAAGCAUCUAAAGAAAGAAUUAACCAUUCUUGUUGUCAGCCAUGAUCUCAAAGAGUUAGCAGCUCUUGUUGAUCAAUCGUGGAGGAUGGAUAUGGGUGGAAUUCUUAAGGAGGAGCCUUUGCCAAUCUAAUCUCGAAAUAUGCUGGUGCUUCCUGAUGACGCUACGAGGUAUGAUUGCGACAUUUAUUAACUUAGAGGCUUGCAUUGGCCGACUGCCUAGUUUAACAUGCUAAAGUAUCUUUUCGACCAAGAGGCAGCCAGACAAAGUUGUUGGCCCAGAAAUAUGUGCAUAGCCCACAAGCAUCUCUGGAUGUAGAGAAGGAAGACGAAAGCUGUUAUAGGCUUUAGGACAAGAGCAAUGCAUUCAUGCAUCCUUCUUUGUCUGGAUCUUCUAAAAGUGGGGCUACACAAAGAGAACUGAACUACUAAAAGAUAUAUAUAUGAGCCUAUGAGGAGUAAUUGAGCAACUCUGUUCACUUUUCCUGAGCUUUGGUGUAUAUCUUUCUGGAGGUAAGUUUGUGCUAAAAUUACAAUAAUUUGGGCUGGAAUUGGUAUGCCAUCUUCGUUUUUGUUUAUCUUUUUCCCUCUUUGCAUGAAACGAUGUAUGUGUUUCCCACUUGAAUUGAUUAAGACAAGCUUGCUCAAAUCUGUCAACCUUGUAACCAAUAAUGCUCAAUCAGGUGUUGAGCAUCCUCAUUUUUAGCUACCCAACGAAGAGCUACAAUACGCAGGUUUCAGAUUAUCAGAAUCACUGACCUUGAUUGCAGAUAGGACAUACUUCAAGUUGGUGACCAUGUAAUAGAAUAACAUGUUAUGAUUGUUCUUACGGCUCUUAUAUGUAUGGAAUUAUUACAUUUUGUUCAGACAA